GAGGUCGAUUCAUCUCCUCUCCGCGAUCUAAUCUCAAGUCAAAUAAAGGGCCUAGGUAAUGUUAGUCCAACGUAAAUGGGCUUGAAAUAACGGGCCUUCCCUUCAGAGUUGUUCGGCUCUUCUUCUCCUCCUUCUGCCGGAAAGAGAGAAAAAAACAAAAACAGAAAUGGAGGGCGUGGCGGAGGGCCUAUGGGGGCUGGCGGAUUACCACCAGAAGAAGGGUGAUAUUGGGAAAUCCAUAAAGUGCUUGGAAGCAAUCUGCCAGAGCCAAGUUUCGUUCCUUCCUCUUGUGGAAGUGAAAUCUCGGCUGCGAGUGUCUUCGCUUCUCCUCCGCUACAGUGACAACGUGAACCACGCCAAGUCCCAUCUCGAGCGAUGCCUUCUCCUCCUCAAGUAUAUUCCUUCUUCCUUCGAUCUCAAAUUCAAGACUUACAGUUUGCUCAGCCAUUGCUACCAUCUCCUCGCCUCCUUCGCUCCUCAGCGCAAUCUUCUUCUAAAGGCUCUGGAGCUUUCUUCUUCCGCUCCUCAGGAUGAUGUUUCCGUCCAUCUCUGGUCCUGCAAUUUCAAUUCUCAGCUCGCUAACGGUUUCAUUAUCCAAGCCGAUUUCCCUUCUUCCAUCUCCGCCCUCCACUCUGGCUUCCUUUCUGCUUCUCGCAUUUCUUGUCCCGAGCUCCAGAUGUUCUUCACCGCUUCCCUGCUUCAUGUUCACAUCAUGCAAUGGACCGACGAUUACACUGUUGAAAGCGCCGUCCAACGAUGCGACGAGGUCUGGCAGACCAUUCCUCCCGACAGGAGAGAAAGGUGCCCCGGUUUGCUCUUCUACAACGAGAUGUUGCACGUCUUCUAUCGCCUUAGGCUCUGCGAUUACAAGAACGCUCAACGGCAUGUCGACCGCUUAGACGAGGCCAUGAAUACUCAUUCCCAGAAAAUGCAGGAGAUUCAGCGGCUCACGGAUGAACUUACUUCUUUGAAUCAGAGUCUCUCCCGCAAUGGUUUGCCCUCGAGGGAGAGAUCAGUCCUCUCUGUCAGACAAUCCCAGCUUCAAGAUCGUCUAAACGCUUUGUCACCGUCUUCUUCCACUAACCCUUCUCUGGAGCCUGCGUACUUUGGCAGUACACAGCGUGCAUGGACCGAAAGGCUUCUGCUUUCACCAUCUCCAAUCGACGGCCAGUGGCUGCCUAAAACUGCCAUCUACGCAUUGGUCCAUCUCACAGUUGUCAUAACUGGACGUCCAAAGGGACUCUUUAAAGAAUGCUCAAAACGAGUCGAGUCUGGAAUGCAGAUUAUUCAAGAUGAACUGGUUAAACUUGGAAUUACAGAUGGAGUCAGAGAAGCUGAUUUGCAACAUUCGGCUAUCUGGAUGGCUGGUGUUUAUCUAAUGCUGCUGAUGCAGUUCCUUGAGAACAAAGUUGCUUUGGAGCUUACAAGGUCAGAAUUUGUGGAAGCAGAAGAGGCACUGGUGGAGAUGAAAAAUUGGUUUUCGCGGUUUCCGACAAUUUUGCAGGCUUCUGAGUGUGUGAUUGAGAUGCUUAGGGGGCAAUAUUCUCAUUCAGUUGGCUGCUACAAUGAAGCCGCUUUUCAUUACAUGGCAGCAACCAAGAUGACAGAAAGUAGAUCAAUGCAAGCAAUGUGCCAAGCUUUUGCAGCUGUUUCCUACCUUUGCAUUGGAGAUGCUGAAUCAUCUUCAAAGGCACUCGAUUUAAUUGGACCUCUUUAUGGUGUGAAGAAUUCCUUAUCUGGUGUCAGAGAAGAAGCUAGUAUUCUCUUUGCGUAUGGCCUUCUUUUGAUGAGGCAGCAAGAUCUACAGGAAGCAAGAAAUCGACUAGCCAAAGGCUUGCAGAUUGCGCAUAAUCAUAUGGGUAACCUGCAGCUAGUUGCACAGUAUCUGACAGUCCUGGGAAAUUUGGCUCUCGCUUUACAUGAUACUGUACAAGCCAGGGAAAUUUUGCGUUCCUCUCUUACACUUGCAAAGAAGCUUUAUGAUAUCCCAACUCAGAUAUGGGUUCUAUCCAUCUUGACAGCCCUGUAUCAGCAGCUGGGUGAGAAAGGGAAUGAGCUGGAGAAUGAAGAAUACCGGAAGAAAAAAUGGGAGGACCUGCAGAGAAGACUUGCUGAUGCACGUUCAUCAGUUCAUCACAUUGAACUAAUUGGCAAAGCUAGGCUAGAAGUGCAAAGGGUUGAUGAGGUAGAGACGCAGCAGCCAGGCCAACCAAUGCAGCUCAAUCUGGACAUUCCAGAGUCAGUUGGUAUAGGAGCUCCGCAACCUGCUCCCUCCUCGUCAAGGCUGGUAGAUUUGGAAUCCGGAAGAAGAAGGGGGAAGCGAAGAUUAUGAGACCGACAUUCCUCUCCUUGAUGGCUCCAUUUGAGAGUAUUGCUGUGUGUAACACAACACUAGGGUGUAUGUAGGUUGAAAGGAAUGGUUGAACCCUUUGUUUAGGGGAAGACCAAGACCCCCAUGAAACAUGAGAUUCGGUUAAAAUGUGUAGUUGAGCCAAAAGCAUCAAGUCGUUCAUAUAAUUAUUAUUACCUGUUUGCCCUUUGCUGUCGUUAGCUGUGCAAUGGGAGAAACAGGGUUCACUA